AUGUUCUUGGUUGAUGAAGAACAAGGCAUAGGUGAUAUUAGGAAUCUAGAAAAAAGGAAAUAUAAUGAACCAAUAGUUAAUGAAAAGCCUAAUAAAAGAGGAAAGUCCAGAAAAACAUUAGAAGUAAAACCAGAUAAAUCACCAUCAUCAUUCACUCAAAAGGGUAAUGAUAAGAGGCAGUUAGUAAAUGAAGUGUCAAAAAUGUUCGCUUUUGAUAUGUCUGAAUUGGGCUGUACUGAUUUGGUAGAAUACAAAGUGAGGACCGGAAGCAUAGAAAUACUGCAUAUGAGAUUGAGACCUAUAAGGAUCAACAAUCCAGAGAAGGCUUAA